UACCGACAUCGCAACAUCGAAGCGCUAUAAAUAUACAAAAAGCAAACAAAUUGUUGAAAAAAUUCAUUUUUGGAACCCUUCUCCGAUUGUGAAGUUUAUAUUUUUCUAAAUACAAAAAAUAAUCAAGAAAAAAAGACGAAUACGCAAGCAAAUACUUCCGAAAAAAAGAGAACGAGGAAAAACGCGUGCGUUGAUAUUUUUUCGACUGUGAAGUCUUUUGUGGUGUGCGUGUGCGUGUACGUGUACGUGUGCGUGUCGAAGAAUGUCUUCCGAUUCCGAUUUUCCGGUGUUGCACCGCAAGUGCUUGGGCUGCCCCGCCCUGGGCGAUCUUGGACGUUGGUACGAGUGUGUCGUGUGCGGCACUCAGAUCACACUAUGUGGACCCUGCUUCGACCUGGGCAAGAACCGCGUCAGCCCCAAGCACAAAUACUACCACCCGAUGCGUGCCCUCUACAAUAAGAAAAUGGCCGACAUCUACUUUGGCGGCGAGGUGUUGGUGAACGGCGAGGCUCCGCAGAGCUUCCAGUGUCCCUUCUGCGAUGAUAUGGGCUUCACCGCCGAGGAGUUGGCGGUCCAUGUGCAGGAGAAACACUCCAACCACCCGGAUGCCUCUGCAUUGAUAGAAAUAUUGGAGACCAUGUCGAAUGGCUACAUGGGCUCUUUCGGUGGUGCCCGUGCACACCAUCUUGCCAUGGAGGAGCAGCCAUUGGGUGGUCUGCAGGUUCCCAUGGAUGAAGAGGAGGAUACGAAAUCCACUGAGAUUCGCUGCCAGGAGAAGUCCCGCGGCGGACUGAGCUAUGAGGUCAUUCUGGCCGAACCGGCACCCAAUGUGGCCGUGCCCAAGCGUCCGGUCACCCCCGGCAAGAACGUCAGCGUGGAGGAGAUUGAGCAGAAGCUCAAGGCAGCCGAAGAGCGUCGCAUUUCUCUGGAGGCCAAGAAGAUGGCUGAUAUCUCGACCAAGUUGGCCAAGGUGGAUGAGGCCACCCGUAAGAAGGAUGAGAUCACCAACGAGUUCAUCACUCAGACCAAGGAGCAGUUGGAGUCCAAGAUGGAGCAGCACGUGGAGAAGCGCGAGGCAAUCAUCAGUGACAUGAAGGAGAAGCUAAAGAUUCACGCUCAGGAGAUCGAAAAAACGCGCGAGACCUUGGAGCAGCAGAAGGCCAAUGAGCAAAAGGCCAUCGAAGAGAAGCUUAAGAUCGCUCAGACCUUGCGCGAUGAGAACAUAAAGAAGAUGCUCAAUCGCCUCAAGGAGCAUAACACUGUCAAAAUUGCCGAGAUUAAAUCACACCAAGAUCAAUUGGAAACACAAAAGCUAGAGGAGAAGGCGCGCAUAUAUGAAAACAAAUUGUUUGCCGCCGAGCAGAACCGCGAAAAGGAGAUACAAAAGAAAAUUGAGAAAGUGCAAAAACUUGAGCGCCGUGCCGAGCUCGUGCGCCAGAAUAAGGCCCAGACCCAGGAUAUGGAUGGUCAGCAGAAUGCCAUCGCCUCGUCGGGUUAGAUGGGCUGUGCCCUCCACAGAGCGUAGACCGUCAUUACUUACUGCAGCAAAAACAAAAAAAAAACAAAAAAAAAAGGAAACACUACAUACACCAACAACACGUAUUUAAGCAAACACGAAAACCAAUACAAAGGCAGCAACAAAUUUGCUUCAAGAAAAUUUCAAGUAUUAUAAACGACAUA